GAAAGUGAUUUUUAAAAAUAAAAUCGUGUGCGAUGGUCUCCCAUAGGAAGACGAAAACGAAGCACAACUGCACAGCAGUCCGACUGCUCCACUGUGACAAUAUGGGUUAAAACUUAUGCUCGCCCGAAUACCCCGCUCCACGCCUUCCUUCCUAUUUACCUCGUCCUUCUCGAAAUUCUGUCGCUGGAACAAGCAACCGAGGAGCAAGACGCCACUACCGCCGUCGGCACCAUCCAUCACCACCACCACCACCAUCGCCGCCAACAACGACGGGACUUUCACGCCUGCACGUCUCUCAAGGGUUUCACAAUCUUCCUCUUCAAUGGCGGCCCUAUCUGCAAACCCUAAAACCUCCACCACCAGUUCAAUAUCUCCCAGCCCUCUCAAAAGACCCCCUCAGAUCAUCCCUUCUUCUUCCUCACACCAUCAACGCCCAAAAAAGCAUCAAUCUCUCCCCUUUCCUUCUCACCUUGAUGUCCCUGGCGUUUCCCCUGUUGCCAGAAUCCUCUGCGAGAUCCUCACUGGAUCCUCUCCCAACGACGUAGAAGCCGCCCUGUCUGCCACCGGCUUGAUCCCCUCUUCCGAUUACAUGGAAGAGGUCAUCAAGCUGGUCUACAACUCUCCUUCUGCUGCCAUCAAGUUCUUCAGGUGGGCCGGCCGCACCCACAAACCCUCGGCAUAUGCAUGGAAUCUAAUGGUUGAUUUGCUCGGCAAGAACCAGUUGUUUGAGGAAAUGUGGGAUGCCAUUCGUUCGAUGAAGCAAGAGAGCGUGCUGUCAGUUGCCACCUUCGUGUCUGCAUUUGGAAGCUACUGUGUUGCGGGAAGGUUCAACGAGGCCAUCAUGACAUUUGAUGUCAUGGACAGGUAUGGAAUUCAACAAGAUAUUAUUGCUGUGAAUUCAUUAUUGAGCGCAAUAUGUCGCCAAGAAAAUCAAACUUCGAAGGCCCUUGAAUUCUUUGAGAAGAUCAAGGGAAAGAUUCCUCCAGAUGGGGACACCUUUGCCAUUCUGUUGGAAGGUUGGGAGAAAGAAGGCAAUGUGGCCAAGGCUAAGACCACAUUUGGUGAGAUGGUGGUUCGUGUCGGAUGGAGCCCAGAAAAUAUGUCAGCUUAUGACGCAUUCUUGUCAACUCUUGUUCAUGGGUCGAAUGCUGAUGAGGCAAUGAAGUUUCUUAAGGUUAUGAAGGGUAAUAACUGUUUACCAGGUUUGAAAUUCUUCUCUAAUGCACUCGAUGUUCUUAUUAAGCAGAACGAUUCAACUCAUGCAGUUUUGUUGUGGGAUAUUAUGGUGGGUAGUGGUUUGGUACCCAAUUUGAUAAUGUACAAUGCAGUAAUUGGUUUGCUCUGCAACAACAAUGAGAUUGAUUACGCUUAUCGUCGUCUCGAUGAGAUGGUAUUCCAUGGCACAUUCCCAGAUUCAUUAACUUAUAACAUGAUUUUCCAAUGUCUUGUUAAAAACAAGAAGGUUCGUGAAGCUGCAAAGUUCUUUUUUGAGAUGAUCAAGAAUGAAUGGCCACCCACACAUUCUAAUUGUGCCUCGGCCAUCACGUUGCUGUUUGAUGGUGAUGACCCCGAGACAGCAAUUGAGAUAUGGAACUAUAUGAUUGAGAAUCGCAUUUUGCCUCUUGAUGAGAGUGCAAAUGCAUUACUCAUUGGGCUUUGCAACUUGGGAAGGUUGACAGAUUUGAGGAAGUUUGCGGAUGACAUACUUGAUAGGAGAAUUAAUAUAUAUGAGUCAACAAUGGCCAAGUUGAAGAGCACUUUCUAUAAAGAGGGUAGAAAUGCACGAGAUACAUACGAUAGUCUCUCGAGGAGAUGGAAAGCUUCCUAGAUGUUAGCAUUUUUAACUUCUGGUCUCAAUUGCAAUAUAAAACUUUUAAUUCUAAUUUGUAAUGUUUGGGACAUUGUAGAUAUGUGGCAGUCAUGAAUGGAAAACCUUCGAAUGUAAGCAGGUUUCGCCAUUUCUUGGUUGCUUUGAUUUUCGCCUUCUUCUCUUUUCCCCCUUCCCAUUUCUGUCCUUCCAAAUGGAAUGGGGACAAGCUAAAAUGUUUUUUCUAAUUCAUCUUUUAUCAUACGCCCCCUUGAGUUGAA